AUGGACCUGGAUCUGUUCUACGGCUCAGGGCCUCCGCCUAGGUACGAAUUGGAGUCUGAUGAUGAAGACUCCGCACCUUCUACGCCUUCCUGGAAGCCUGCUGUAGAGGGAACGCCGGUUAAGCAUCGACCUAUGCUCGUAUUCUUAGGCGAUAUGGGUGCGACAUGUCUUGCAGCGUGGCUGCCUACGAACCACCUCUUGGUGACAGAGCGUAUCAAAGGCCCACAAGGUGUUUGGGCUGUGAUUCAUACACCAACUGACUCUAUGAGUCCCAUUCUAGUGUACAUUGCGCAGCCAGAUACAGUGCCACUGGCGGCCCAAGCGUCUUUGACCCAAGCCCUUUUGCAGCAAUGGCUCCCUUCGAGUAUUACUCUCUUCCAAGCCUAUGCACCGACUCUCUACAUGCAUGGUUCAAAUCCGCCUUCCAAGCCCAACAGUGCAGAAGCGCCUGUUCGUUGGCUUGCCUCCUCCACCACAUCGGUGCCAACAGCUUCAUGGCUUCAGCGUUGGGAGGCGCCCAAUACCCUAACGGGCUGUGCUGCCGCAUUGAUGAUGCAAGCUGUAUACCUUUCCACGCCUGCUGUGAUCUAUUGCCUACCCACAGCACGAGCUGUACCUCACCCUACUUUCCAACCGGCCCUGAUACCAGCAGCUGCGCCGCAUGCUGUGUCGUCCAGCAGCCCCGAAGAAGCAUACCAGCGCGUGUCUCACUUGGUUAAUGACAUGGAUGUUCGUACAGCCCGUAUGUCGGCAUCUAUUUUCCCUUCGUCAGUCUCUCAGGAUCCAUCUUCGCCUGUAUCGGCUCCCACCCUAUGGCAUACGGCUUGGCAAGCCCUCACCCAUACCCGCACGCCAUCAGGGGCCAUCGGUGACGGUGGCAUACAGAUUUGA